CCCUAGCUCGCUGCCUCUGGCAAGUGGAGUUUUUAAAAAGCUGGAGCAGAUCAUGUCAUGACGACUUCGCUGCUCCUGCACCCGCGCUGGCCGGAGAGCCUUAUGUACGUCUAUGAGGACAGCGCGGCGGAGAGCGGCAGCGGCGGCGGCGGGGGAGGCGGCGGCGCGGGCGGCGCGGGGGGCGGCUGCAGCGGAGCGAGCCCCGGCAAAGCCCCGAGCAUGGACGGGCUGGGCGGCAGCUGCCCGGCCAGCCACUGCCGCGACCUGCUCCCGCACCCCGUGUUGGCCCGCCCGCCGGCUCCUCUGGGUGCCCCUCAGGGCGCCGUCUACACGGACAUCCCAGCCCCGGAGGCGGCGCGCCAAUGCGCCCCACCGCCGGCGCCCCCCACCUCGUCCAGCGCCACCCUGGGCUACGGUUACCCAUUUGGGGGCAGCUACUACGGCUGCCGCCUGUCGCACAACGUGAACCUGCAGCAGAAGCCUUGCGCCUACCAUCCGGGAGACAAGUACCCGGAGCCGUCGGGCGCCCUGCCUGGUGACGACCUGUCCUCCAGGGCUAAGGAGUUCGCCUUCUACCCCAGCUUCGCCAGCUCCUACCAGGCAAUGCCCGGCUACCUGGACGUGUCUGUGGUGCCCGGGAUCAGCGGGCACCCGGAGCCGCGUCACGACGCGCUCAUCCCUGUUGAAGGCUACCAGCACUGGGCUCUUUCCAAUGGCUGGGACAGUCAGGUGUACUGCUCCAAGGAGCAGUCACAGUCCGCCCACCUCUGGAAGUCUCCCUUCCCAGACGUGGUUCCUCUACAGCCCGAAGUAAGCAGCUACCGGCGCGGGCGCAAGAAGCGCGUGCCCUACACCAAGGUGCAGCUGAAGGAGCUAGAGAAGGAGUACGCAGCCAGCAAAUUCAUCACCAAAGAGAAGCGCCGGCGCAUCUCAGCCACCACGAACCUCUCGGAGCGCCAGGUCACCAUCUGGUUCCAGAACCGGCGUGUGAAAGAGAAGAAGGUGGUCAGCAAAUCUAAAGCGCCUCAUCUCCACUCCACCUGACCGUCUAUUCGCCCGCCCGCCCGCCCCGACUAUUUAUGUCAAUGCUUUGUACCAUAACGGAAUCCACCCCGAAGGACGCUGCACCGGCGCAGACCACUAUUUAAUCUUACCGAGAAAAAGGAACAGCUCUGCCUUACCCUAGUCCCAUCCCACCCUAAUCUCACUGCCCCCUCCCCCCGCCCGACCGCACCCACUCAGCACCCGCAGCUGUAGAGGUGGGUUCGAAUGGGGUGCUAGAGGAAGACUGGCUGUCUCUAAGCCUUUGUGGCUUGUCCCACUAGAAAGCCGAGUGGCCGGGAGAGUCCAGUCAUUCCUACCAAAGCAGGACUGGGAGAUUCCGAAUCACUCAGUUCUUGCCUCUUCCUGUGCCUCAGCUUGUGGAAGACCCUCCUUCCGGGGUGCAUGGGCACAGGAUCUGGGGAGCUCUUUCUUUCCUGUUCCCCCUUUUUACUGUCAUUCCUGAACUCGUAGGCAAGGUUUCGAUUCCCAGUUACGAUUUUUCUGUGCAUCUUUUAAAAGUCGUGUUAAUAUUGAUGCUAAUCCUUAGGGCCUGGCAGCGUAAUAUAAUUCAAACUGAACCAUUCUUGGAGCUUGUAGAUUUGAUUUUCUUUUCUUUUUCUCUCUUUCUUUUUUUUCUGUCUGUCUCAACAAAAGCUGGAGUUAGUGCAGUAAGUAGCCACAUCCUAACCCAGAAAUGAUUUCCGGGAGGUGCCUUUGACUCCACUGCCUCCUCUGCUUUGCACUCUUGGUCCUGUGAAAAUCCAAGGAGGACAAAAAAAAAACAAAAACAAACAAACAAAAAACUCCAGCCACAAUGCUAAGUGUGGCUUCUGUCUCUUUCUCUCUCAUGGUGAGGUUGGGAAUUAGGCCAGGCUUAGAAUCAGAACUUUGUAUAAACUUCUUUAAAGGAGAUAGAUGGUGGGUCCCUCAGAAGAUCUUCAGUCAUAUCUGUACAUAAGCAAUAGCAGAUAGUGGAGAGGAAAGACCACACACUUUCAUUUUUUCACUGAUUCCCUAAGUGAAGCUUGAGGAGCUGAUCAAGGAGGGGUGAAAUCAUUGGUCCUGGAUAAACCAGCUAAAUAUAGACGCUGCCUAAUUUCUCCCUCCUCAAAAGCCACCUUGGUGCUGUGGGGGCCCCCUCACCUCUUCCCUUCCCACUGGCUCAUUACAAAACAGUGUUCUUUUGAAAUGCCCAUCCAAAAUAGGCUCUUUUUUUUUUUUAAAUGUUGUGUAUCUGUAUAUAGUAUUGUGACGUCUGAAUGACAAUGUAUUGAAUGCAAAGAAAAAAAUACCCACAAACUUGUUUUUAAAAUAAAAUAUUCUUUUGUUUUUGGCCUUGA